AUGUCUCAGUGGAAUAGCUCUUAUAAUUAUAACAACCAAUAUCAGGCACCUAAUAAUUGGAAUGGUGAUUACAAUAAUCAAUAUAUAAAUCAAGCUUACUAUCCUAAUAGACAAUAUGACCCUAGCAAUCAAUAUGUUAGUUUUGAUGAGUUUUUGUCUCAAAUGCACAUUUCAAAUGUUCCUCAAACAAAUCCUGCUAGCUACAAUAAUAUGCAAUAUCAGAAUUACCCUAACACUCAAUAUAAUAAUAUACCUAAUUAUCAAAAUGGAUCUACAGCACAUAACUCUCAAACAGAAUAUAUGUAUGGAUCAAACACUGCCAGUUAUUCUAAUAAUGAAGAAUCUUAUCAACCAAACAUGCAAAAUCAAUAUAACCCAGUGAUCUCAGACCAGAAUAAUUAUACAAAUGAAAUGGUUUUUAAAUCAAAGUUAACACCAACAGCUACUGAAUUUGUUCCUAAAAACUCAAAGGAAAAACCAGUUAGUAAUUCUAAUAGUGAAUUAGCUCAAGAACCAAGUUCAUCAAGUAUAGCAGUAAGUGAAUCAACUAAUAAUUACUCUAAACCAUCUAGUUCAACUAAUUGGAGGGAAAGGCCUCAGAGUUCUCAUCAGGGCAACAGUUCAACUUCUGCAGAGACUAGUAACUCAUUCCAUAAAACCUCUAAAAAUCAGGAUUCUAAUAAUAGGAAUAUGAAAAAUGAAUCAAGAAAUCGUAAUCAAGAGUAUCAUAAUAGUCAGACUGAACCUGUUAGUAACAGUUCAAAAAACAAAGAUUCUAUAAGCCGUCCCAAUGAAUUAAAUUCUCGUAACAGAAAGUCUAAAAACAGAUUACCUGAAAAUAAUCAUGAUGCAAAUUAUCGGAACCAAGAUCAUCAAGAAUUUACUAACAACCAUAGAUCAAAUCGUAAUAAUGAUCUGAAUACAUAUAACCAAGAUAGUAGAAGUUAUCAGGAUGAUUCAAGUUUUGCACAUGAUACUAAUAACUAUGAAGGGGGCCAAUCAAAACAUUCAAAGGCUAAAAAUAAAGAGUCUGAUGUAGGGCGCACUUUUUACAAUAGCGCAAUGCCUAAAGAAAGUCAAGAUGUAAGGAAUGGAAGAGAGGGAUCAGGAAAAAGUCGUAAAUGGGCUGGUAGUCAAAGGCUAAGAGCUGCAGAACGCAACUUUGUUGAAGAUGAGCAGUAUGCUAGCUCAUAUGUGCAACCUAGAGAGGAAAAAGUAAAGGAUAAUGUACCAAGUCCAAUGAAAGCAAGGAAUAAAUCAGUUGUUAGUACAGGAGCAAACAUAGAGAUGACACAGCGUGAACGUCUCAGUGAACAGCUAGAUAAAGGGACACUUGAAUGCCUUGUGUGCUGUGAAAGGGUAAAGCAGAUAGACCCAGUGUGGUACUGUGGAAAUUGCUACCAUGUAUUCCAUCUCCGCUGCAUUAGAAAAUGGGCUAUGAGCAGCAUGGUUGAAAGCAAAUGGCGGUGUCCAGCAUGUCAGAACACAAAUCAAGAUAUACCAACCGAAUACAGAUGUAUGUGUGGGGCGGUGCGCAACCCGGAGUACCAACGAGGUUCCAGCGGUGCCCACACUUGCGGCAAAUCGUGUAAAAGACCAAGGAACUGUCCUCAUCCAUGCACAUUGCUUUGUCACCCUGGACCUUGUCCACCAUGUCAAGCUACAAUUAGCAAACAAUGCGGAUGUGGUGUCGAGACCCGCUCAGUUCUCUGCAGCAGCAAGCUGCCCCAAGUGUGUGGCCGACAGUGCAGCCGCCAGCUCGAAUGUGGCGUGCAUUCCUGUACUAAGAACUGUCAUGAAGGACCCUGCGACCCUUGUACAGAGACUGUUACUCAAAUAUGCCACUGCCCCGCCGCCACGGCGCGCACGGUGGCGUGCACGGCGGGCACGAGCGAGGCGCGCGCGUGGGCGUGCGGCGCGGCGUGCGCGCGCGUGCUGGCGUGCGGCGCGCACGUGUGCCGCGCGCCGUGCCACGCGCCGCCCUGCCCGCCCUGCCCGCUGCGCCCGGACAACGUGCCCACCUGUCCUUGUGGGAACACUAGAAUUCAUAAGGACCAACGUAAAUCUUGUACGGAUCCAAUACCGUUGUGCGGCAACAUCUGCGCCAAGCUUCUGCCGUGUGGGCGUCCAGGAGAUAAACAUUUCUGUAAAGAAAACUGUCAUGAAGGUAGUUGUCGCGUGUGCCCCGACACCACGCUGCUGCAGUGCCGCUGCGGGCACUCUAGCCGCGAGGUGCCGUGUGCAGACCUGCCGCAGAUGUACAAUAAUAUACUGUGUCAGAGGAAGUGUAAUAAGAAGCUGUCGUGCGGGCGGCACCGCUGCCGCACGGCGUGCUGCGCGGCGGCGGCGCACCGCUGCGCCGUGGUGUGCGCGCGCUCGCUGCCCUGCCAGCUGCACCGCUGCGAGGAGUUCUGCCACACCGGCCACUGCGCGCCCUGCCCCCGCGUCAGCUUCUCGGAGCUCCGGUGCGAAUGCGGGCGCGAGGUGGUGCUGCCGCCGGUGCGCUGCGGCACCAAGCCGCCGCCGUGCGCCGCGCCGUGCAGCCGCCGCCGCGCCUGCGCGCACCCGCCGCACCACGCCUGCCACCCCGGCGACUGCCCGCCCUGCCUCGUGCUCACCACCAAACGAUGCUAUGGGGAUCAUGAGGAACGUAAAACGAUCCCGUGCUCGCAAGAGGAGUUCUCGUGCGGGCUGCCCUGCGGCAAGCCGCUGCCGUGCGGGAAGCACACCUGCAUCAAGACCUGUCACAAGGGCCCUUGUGAUACUGGCAAAUGCACGCAGCCGUGCACGGAGAAGCGUCCGAUGUGCGGGCACCCGUGCGCGGCGCCGUGCCACGCGGGCGGCGGCGCCUGCCCCGCGCCCGCGCCCUGCCGCCGCGCCGUGCUCGCCACGUGCCCGUGCGCGCGCCGCACCGCCGAGCGCGCCUGCUGCGACAACGCCAGGGACUAUGCUAAAAUGAUGAGCACGUUGGCAGCUUCGAAGAUGCAAGAAGGUGGUACUGUCGACUUGUCCGACCCGCAGCGUCCAGGAAACAUGUUGAAAACACUGGAGUGCGACGAGGAGUGCCUCGUAGAGGCGCGGUCGCGUCGCCUGGCGCUGGCGCUGCAGAUCCGCAACCCGGACGUGUCCGCCAAGCUGGCGCCGCGCUACAGCGAGCACGUGCGCGCCACCGCCGCGCGCGAGCCCGCCUUCGCGCAGCACGUGCACGACCGCCUCACCGACCUCGUGCAGCUCGCUAAGAAGUCGAAACAAAAAACUCGAGCGCAUUCCUUCCCAUCAAUGAAUAGACAAAAGAGGCAGUUCAUACACGAGCUGUGCGAGCACUUCGGCUGCGAGAGUGUGGCGUACGACGCGGAGCCCAAUAGGAACGUUGUGGCUACUGCUGAUAAGGAAAAGUCGUGGCUGCCGGCGAUGAGCGUGCUGGAGGUGCUGGAGCGCGAGGCGGGCAAGCGCCGCGUGCCGGGGCCCGUGCUGCGCGCGCCGCCGCCCGCCGCGCCGCCCGCCGCGCCCGCCGCCGCCGCCGCUCAGAAAACCAGCGGCUGGGCGACAUUGACGUCGACGAACGCGUGGGCGGCGCGCAGCGCUCGCAAGGAGGAGCCCAAGAUCGAUUACUUCGACAACCCUCCCGAAAAC